ACUUUCUGCUCACCACUCUCCUCCUGCUCCUCUCUGCAGGCUCAGCGUAUUAUGAUAACGUCCGUCCCUUGGCCUACCCGGACUCAGAUGCUGUCCUCAUCUGCUUUGACAUCAGCCGCCCGGAGACGCUGGACAGCGUGCUCAAGAAGUGGCAAGGGGAAACUCAGGAGUUCUGCCCCAAUGCGAAGAUUGUGCUGGUCGGCUGCAAGCUGGACAUGCGGACAGACUUAAACACGCUCCGGGAGCUUUCCAAGCAGCGCCUCAUCCCUGUGACGCACGAGCAGGGCAGUGCGCUGGCACGGCAGAUUGGGGCAGUGGCCUAUGCAGAGUGCUCCUCCAAGGUCUCGGAGAACAGCGUACGGGAUGUGUUUCAUGUGACCACACUUGCCUCGGUCAACAGGGUGCACAAGAACUUGAAGCGCAGCAACUCGAAACGGGGACUGAAGCGGGCAUCACAGAUGCCUGGCAGGACGGACUUACUGAAUGACACAGAGAUCAGGAAAGACCGAGCCAAGAGCUGCUCCAUCAUGUGA